AUGGCUUUCUGGACACAGCUGAUGCUGCUGCUUUGGAAGAAUUUCCUGUAUCGCAGGAGGCAGCCGAUCCAACUUUUGGUGGAGUUGUUGUGGCCGCUCUUUCUCUUCUUCAUCCUGGUGGCCGUUCGCCAUUCCCACCCCCCACUCGAGCAGCAUGAAUGUCAUUUUCCCAACAAGCCGCUGCCCUCAGCGGGCACCAUCCCUUGGCUCCAGGGCCUCAUCUGCAACGUGAACAAUACCUGCUUCCCGUGGCAAACCCCUGGCGAAGAGCCUGGCGUCCUCAGCAACUUCAAGGACUCCCUGGUUUCCCGGCUCCUGGCAGAUGCUCGCACUGUCCUGGGGGGCCCCAGUGCCCAUAGGAUGCUGGUUAGCCUGAGAAAGCUGAUACCCAUUCUGAAGGCUGCACACACAGCCCAAGCAACCUUUCCCUGGCCCAGUGAGCAGCCCAAGGAGGGAUUGUCCCUGGCCACUCAGCUUCUGGGGACACUGCUGCAAGGGGAAUCCCUGGGCUCUGUGCUGGGCCACGCCCAGGAGUCCAUGGGCAGCCUUGUGGAGACUGCAGAGGACAUGGCCCAGGAGCUCCUGGAGCUUCCCAGCCUGGGAGAGCUGUGGGCCCUGCUACAGAGACCCCACGGGCCAGGUGGUCCCCUGGAGGCGGUGGCAGAAGCCCUCUGCAGUGCCAGGGGGCCCAGGAAACCAGGUGGGCCCUCCCUCAACUGGUAUGAGGCCAGUGACCUGAAGGAGCUGGUGGGGCAGGAGCCAGUGCAGACCCUGUGGGACAACAGCCUGAGCCCCACCUGCACUGAGCUGAUGGGGGCCCUGGACACCCACCCCCUGUCCCGCCUGCUCUGGAGGCGCCUGAAGCCGCUGGUCCUGGGGAAAGUACUGUUCACGCCUGACACACCCUUCACCCGGCAGAUCAUGGCCCAGGUCAACCGAACUUUCCAGGAGCUGGCACUGUUGAAGGACAUCCAGGAGGUGUGGGGGCUGCUGGGACCCCAGCUCUUCAACUUCCUGAACGAUAGUGCCAAUGUCGCCAUGCUACAGAGACUCCUGCAGAUCCAGGACAAGGGAAGGAGGCAGCCAAGACCCGGAGGUGGGGCCAGAGUGGAAGCUUUUCGUGCCUUUCUGAAUCCCCGCAGCGGUGGCUACAACUGGCAGAAAGCCCACGCUGAUGUGGGACACCUGGCAGUCACACUGGGCCGUGUGAUGGAGUGCGUGACUCUGGACAAGCUGGAGGCCGCCCCUUCAGAGGCCGCCCUGGUGGAGCGGGCCCUGAAGCUGCUCUCCGAGCACCGUUUCUGGGCCGGCAUCGUCUUCCUGGGGCCCGAGGACUCCCCGGAUCCCGCGCAGUCCCCAGGCCAUGGCCACAUGCGCAUCAAGAUCCGCAUGGAUAUCGAUGAUGUCGCAAGAACCGAUAAGAUCAAGGAUAGGUUUUGGGACCCCGGUCCGGCCGCUGAUCCCCUGACGGACCUGCGCUACGUGUGGGGUGGCUUCGUGUACCUGCAAGACCUGCUGGAGCGCGCAGCCGUGCGCGUGCUCACAGGCACCACCCCCCAUGCCGGCCUCUACCUACAGCAGAUGCCCUACCCCUGCUACGUGGACGAUGCGUUCCUGCGCGUGCUGAGCCGGUCACUGCCACUUUUCCUGACACUGGCUUGGAUCUACUCUGUGGCGUUGACGGUAAAGGCCGUGGUGCGUGAGAAGGAGACUCGGCUGCGCUACACGAUGCGCGCCAUGGGGCUCAGCGCCACUGCGCUGUGGCUGGGCUGGUUCCUCAGCUGCCUCGGGCCCUUCCUCCUCAGCACCGCGCUGCUUGUGCUGGUGCUCAAGUUCGGGGACAUCCUCCCCUACAGCCACCCGGGGGUGCUGUUCCUAUUCUUGGCGGCUUUCGCUGUGGCCACGGUGGUCCAGAGUUUCUUGCUGAGCGCCUUUUUCUCCCGCGCGAACUUGGCAGCCGCCUGCGGUGGUCUUGCCUACUUCGUACUCUAUCUGCCCUACGUGCUGUGCGUGGCCUGGAGGGACCAGCUGCCUAUGGGCGGCCGCGUGGCCGCGAGCCUUCUGUCGCCGGUGGCCUUCGGUUUUGGCUGUGAGAGCCUGGCGCUGCUGGAGGAGCAGGGCGAGGGUGCACAGUGGCACAACUUGGGCACUGGGCCUACAGCAGAUGUCUUCAGCUUGGCCCAGGUCUCGGGCCUUCUGUUGCUCGAUGCUACUCUCUAUGGCCUUGCCAUUUGGUACCUGGAGGCGGUGUGCCCAGGCGAGUACGGGAUCCCCGAACCGUGGAACUUUCCCUUUCGGAGGAGCUACUGGUUUGGGUCUCAGACCCCCAACGGUCCUUCCCCAGUUCUGACGGCGCAGGACCCCAAGGUGCUGGUGGAGGAGGCGCCCCCCGGCCUUAUUCCGGGGGUCUCCAUACGUGGCCUGGAAAAGCGCUUUCCUGGCAACUCGCAGCCGGCGCUGUGCGGACUCAGCCUGGACUUCUACCAGGGCCACAUUACCGCCUUCCUGGGCCACAAUGGGGCUGGUAAAACGACCACAAUGUCCAUCCUGAGUGGCCUCUUUCCACCCACGGCUGGUUCCGCCUCUGUCCUGGGCCACGACGUCCGGACCAGCAUGGCAGCCAUCCGGCCCCGCCUGGGUGUCUGCCCACAGUACAACGUGCUCUUUGACCUGCUGACUGUGGAUGAGCACGUCUGGUUCUAUGGGCGGCUGAAGGGUCUGAGCGCAGCUGCCGUGGGUCCCGAGCAGGACCGGCUGCUGCAGGACAUGGGGCUGAUCCCCAAAAGACAUGCACAGACUCAUCACCUGUCAGGCGGGAUGCAGCGGAAGCUCUCAGUGGCCAUUGCCUUUGUGGGUGGCUCCCAAGUUGUUAUCCUGGAUGAGCCCACAGCUGGUGUGGACCCCACUUCCCGUCGAGGCAUCUGGGAGCUGCUGCUCAAAUAUCGUGAAGGUCGCACACUGAUCCUCUCCACCCACCACCUGGAUGAGGCGGAGCUGUUGGGAGACAGGGUGGCGGUAAUGGCAGGGGGCCGCCUGUGCUGCUGUGGCUCUCCUCUCUUCCUGCGACGUCACUUGGGCUCCGGAUACUACCUGACAUUGGCCAAGGGCCCCCCGCCUCUGGCGACCAGCAAAAAGGGUGAAAUUGGCUUGAAGAACAGCAUGGAUGCUGGGCAGAAAAGGGAGCCAGGCAGCCAGGCCAGCUCUGCCGGUGCAGCCCAGCUGUGGGCCAUGGUGCAGCACCACGUGCCCGGCGCACGGCUGGUCAAGGAUCUGCCACAUGAGCUGGUGCUGGCGCUGCCCUACAAGGGUGCUCUGGAUGGCAGCUUCGCUGAGCUCUUCCAUGAUCUCGACCAGCGGCUGGGGGAGCUGGGGCUGGCUGGCUAUGGGAUCUCCGACACCAGCCUGGAGGAGAUCUUCUUGAAGGUGGUGGAGGAUUGUGCUGUGGACACAGGCCCAGAGGAUGGUAGGCCCAGGCAGGGCCGAUGGCUGGGUAUUGCUCAUCCCGACGUGACUAGGCAGCUCCAGGUUCCGCCAGAGGAGAUAGCCCUGGAGAAUGGGGGACUGGUUGGCUCUGUCCCUGAGACACAGGCACUACAGGGCUCUGGGCCGGCCACCGCAGGCCGCGUACACAGCUGGGCGCUCACCUGCCAGCAGCUCCGGGCCUUACUUCUCAAGCGUUUCCUGCUUGCCCGUCGCAGCCGCCGUGGCCUGUUUGCUCAGAUUGUGCUACCUGCCCUCUUCGUGGGCCUGGCGCUGGUGUUCAGCCUCAUUGCACCCCCGUUUGGUUACUACCCGGCUCUGCAGCUGAGCCCCAGCAUGUAUGGCUCCCAGGUGUCCUUCUUCAGUGAUGACACUCCAGGGGACCCUGAACACGCUCGCCUACUCGAGGCCCUGCUGGAGGAGGCCGGACUGGAGGAGCCUUACCUGAAAAGUAACUCCAGCAGGGCACCAGCGUGCGCACGGCCUGCCCUCUGCCACUUCUCGGUGCCUGAUGUCCCUGCGGACGUGGCUGAGGUCUUGGCCAGUGGCAACUGGACCCCAGAGUCUCCAUCCCCCGCCUGCCAGUGCAGCCGGCCUGGUGCCCGCCGCCUGCUGCCUGACUGCCCUGCCACGGCCAGUGGCCCCCCGCCACCCCAGGCGCCAACCAGCUCUGGUGAAGUGGUCCAGAACUUAACGGGCCGAAACCUGUCUGACUUCCUGGUCAAGACCUACCCACGCCUGGUGCGCCAAGGCCUGAAGACCAAGAAAUGGGUGAACGAGGUCAGGUAUGGGGGCUUCUCCCUGGGGGGCCGAGACCCAGGCCUUCCCUCGGGCUUGGAGGUGGGCCGCUCCGUGGAGGAGCUGCGGGCACUGCUGAACCCCACACCAGGCAAGGCGCUUGACCACCUCCUGAACAACCUCACAGCAUGGGCUGUUGGUCUGGACACUCAGGAUGGCCUCAAGAUCUGGUUUAACAACAAGGGCUGGCACGCCAUGGUGGCCUUUGUAAACCGAGCCAACAACGCUCUCCUACGUGCCCACCUGCCACCAGGCCCCUCCCACCAUACCCGCAGCAUCACCACGCUCAAUCACCCGCUGAACCUCACCAAGGAGCAGUUGUCUGAGGCUGCGCUGAUGGCCUCCUCGGUGGACGUGCUUGUCUCCAUCUGCGUGGUCUUCGCCAUGUCCUUUGUCCCGGCCAGCUUCAUCCUUGUCCUCAUUGACGAGCGUGUCACCCGAGCCAAACACCUGCAGUGCAUGGGGGGCCUGCCCCCCACUCUCUACUGGCUUGGCAACUUUCUCUGGGACAUGUGUAACUACUUGGUGUCAGCGUGCAUCGUGGUGCUCAUCUUUUUGGCCUUCCAGCAGAGGGCGUAUGUGGCCCCUGCCAACCUGCCUGCCCUCCUGCUGUUGCUACUACUGUAUGGCUGGUCCAUCACACCGCUCAUGUACCCAGCCUCCUUCUUCUUCUCUGUACCCAGCACAGCCUAUGUUGUGCUCACCUGCAUCAAUCUCUUCAUUGGUAUCAAUGGCAGCAUGGCCACCUUCGUGCUCGAGCUCUUCUCUGAUCAGAAGUUGCAGAAGGUGAGCCGGAUCCUGAAACAGGUCUUCCUUAUCUUUCCUCACUUCUGCUUGGGCCGGGGCCUCAUCGAUAUGGUGCGGAACCAGGCCAUGGCUGAUGCCUUUGAGCGCUUGGGAGAGGGGCAUUUCCAGUCGCCCCUGCGUUGGGAGGUGGUCGGCAAGAACCUCUUGGCCAUGUUCAUACAGGGGCCAGUCUUCCUCCUCUUUACAUUGCUGCUUCAGCACCACAACCGCCUCCUACCACAUCCCAAGCUGAGGCCGUUACCCGCCCUGGGAGAGGAGGAUGAGGAUGUGGCCCGUGAGCGGGAACGGGUAGUACAAGGGGCCACCCAGGGGGAUGUGUUGGUACUGAGGGACCUGACCAAGGUGUACCCUGGGCAGAGGACACCAGCGGUUGACCGCCUGUGCCUGGGGAUCCCCCCUGGUGAGUGUUUCGGGCUGCUGGGCGUGAACGGAGCAGGGAAAACAUCCACAUUCCGCAUGGUGACUGGGGACAUGCUGCCCAGUGGGGGCGAGGCCAUUCUGGAAGGCCACAGCGUGGCCCAGGAACCGGCCACAGCUCACCGCCGCAUGGGCUACUGCCCUCAGUCGGAUGCCAUCUUCGAGCUGCUGACCGGUCGUGAGCACCUGGAGCUGUAUGCACGCCUGCGAGGAGUCCCCGAAGCCCAAGUUGCCCAGACAGCAAGCUACGGCCUGGCACGCCUGGGCCUCCCUCAGUAUGCUGACCAGCCCGCGGGCACCUACAGCGGUGGCAACAAGCGGAAGCUGGUGACAGCCGUGGCUCUGGUGGGGGACCCGGCUUUAGUCUUUCUGGACGAGCCGACCACUGGCAUGGACCCUGCUGCCCGGCGGUUCCUCUGGAACAGUCUUCUGGCCGUGGUGCGGGAGGGCCGCUCCGUGGUACUCACCUCACACAGCAUGGAGGAGUGCGAGGCGCUCUGCACGCGCCUGGCCAUCAUGGUGAAUGGGCGGUUCCGCUGCCUGGGCAGUGCACAGCACCUCAAGGGCAGAUUCGGAGGUGGCCAUACACUGACCCUGAAGGUGCCCUUGUCGAGAUCCAAGUCGGCGGCCGACUUUGUGGCCCAGGCGUUGCCGGAAGCUGAGCUGCGGGAGGUGCAUGGUGGCCGCCUGCGCUUCCAGCUGCUGCCAGGAGGGCGCUGCACCUUGGCGCUCGUCUUUGGAUUGCUGGCGGUAUGUGGCGCAGAGCAUGGCGUGGAGGACUUCUCUGUGAGCCAGACCACGCUGGAGGAGGUAUUCUUAUACUUCUCCAAGGAUCAGGGCAAAGAGGAAGAUGAGAAGGAGACAGAAGUGGGGGCUGACCCUGUACCAGGCCCGCAGCACCCCAAACUCAUAACCCAGUUCCUCGAUGACCACAGCGUGGCUGAGACGGUCCUCUGA